UUCUAAAAAAAAUAUUGCAGUUGCCACUUUUAGUAAUUUUGGUGACGUACUUGAAAAAAAUUAGGAUUGUGCUGUCCAACCAAAACCUUUUUUUUAUUUUCCAGAGAGCGCUUGUUUGGCUCCUGACUUUUUCGCUUCUUCCACUUCCAGCGGCUGCCUUGCGUACUCAUUUACAAGAGAUAGGCGUAUAAAAAACGAUCAAUUCAUACAUUACAUGAAUACUACCCAAACCUCGGCUACAAAUGCUAAACCUGCCUUGCAUGGUGUUAGAAUAAAACAGAGAAAAGGCGCUCAAAAAGCUCAAGCAAAGCACGAACCUGAAAUUUUCAGAGAUAAUUUACUGAAGCAACUGAAUAACGCAAAGACCGGCAAUCUCGAAGACGUUUCCCAGAUACUUGACACUAGUAGCAAUACCCUUGAUUAUCGCAAAUACGGAGAGGCUCUUUUUGAAAUUCUUAUCACUGGAGGCAUUCUAGAACCAGGAGCAAUUAUUAACGCUGAUGCUGAACGCAGUCCUUUUAGCUUAUUUGGCGCCGAGAAUGAUGCCGCGGUAAUCAAGCGACAUACCGAUGUCUUUAGCAAGUUGAUUCGUCGUUACAAGUACUUGCAACGACCCUUUGAAGAGACUCUCAAGAAUAUCUUGCAAUAUAUCAACAAGUGGCAACCGGUUGAGAACAACAACUUGGCGAUCGCCGUAGGCUGUUUCAUUAUCAACGGGCUUAUCACGCCUUCGAUUUUGAAGGUUAUCUUCAAGGAUUACUUGGUCAAAGACGGCCACUCCCUUGAAUUCUCGACCACUGUCUUCCGCACUGUUUUGAACGAACAGAGUAUUGAACAAUUUGGCAAAUCCCUGAUUGCCUCUGGGUUGGAUAGCAAGUUGAUCGAAUUGUUCCCACCGAAUAAGCGGGAAGACGAAUGUUUGAUUCGCCAUUUCGAAGCUGAAGAUAUGAAGCAGUUGGUUGACUUUCAUAUGAAGAAUCAGAAGAACUCCAUGAAAGGUGAUUUGUUGAUCGAUUUGAAGGAAAUGAUGCAUGAUGAAGCCAACGUUUCCGAGGUUGUGGCCUAUGUGAAACAAAAUACAAAGGAAGCAGGACUCAGCGAACAAGAAGUGAUUCAAAUUGCUUGGUCCGCCGUUUUGCUUACCGUGGACUUGAUCAACGCACGUCCUGAUCAAGUGGAAUCGCAGGCUCUUCGUGCUGUGACGCGUUGGUCUCCCAUGUUGGAGACAUUUGCUACCUCUCCCAAGACCGAAAUUGUGCUUCUCCAAAAGGUGCAAGUUACCUGUUAUGAAGAUGCCAAAUUAACCAAGUUCUUCCGUCAAAUCAUCCAACUUUUGUACAAGAUGGACGUUGUCUCGGACAAUGCUAUUUUGUAUUGGGCCGAAAAGGCACACAAACCCCAAGGCAAGACCGUAUUUUUGAAGCAAAUGGCUCCCUUUGUUCAAUGGUUGAAGGACAACGAAGACAGCAGCGAGGAAGAAGACUAGUGUUUUGCAAUCAACCAUAGGAUUUUUUUUAUGACAGACCCAAAGAAUGGGCUAUAAAAUUUUUGUAAACGUCGAAAAGCC